CCGCCGCCUCCCCCCGGGCGGAAGCGAGCCGAGCGGCGGCUGUUGCCGCGGCGGCUGCCGCGCCUGAAGGACCGGGAAUGGCGGACGGGGUUCGCUCGCUGCUCGGCGGCAGCCCGGCCUCCAGCCCGGUGCUGGGCAGGCGGGGCUGCGUCUCGUCGUCGUUCUCUUCAUCCUCUUCUUCUUCGUCCGCCAUCCCGACGGGUCACAGCUUCCGCAGGGUGACCCUCACCAAACCCACCUUUUGCCACUACUGCACCGACUUCAUCUGGGGGCUGGCCGGAUACCAGUGUGAGGUUUGCAACUUCAUGUCCCAUGAGAAGUGCCUCAAGAAUGUCAACAUACCUUGCUCAUGUAUUGCUCCCAGCCUUGUAAGGGUUCCAGUUGCACACUGUUUUGGGCCUCCAGGACAUUACAAGAGAAAGUUCUGCACAGUGUGCAGGAAGUCACUGGAGUCACCUGCCUUUCGAUGCGAAGUCUGUGAGCUGCACGUCCACACAGAUUGUCUCCUGUUUGCUUGCAGCGAUUGCCGGCAGUGUCACCAGGAUGGGCACCAGGACCACGACACUUACCAUCACCACUGGAGGGAGGGAAACCUUCCUUCAGGAGCUCGGUGUGAAGUCUGCAAAAAAACCUGUGGCUCUUCUGAGGUGCUGUCUGGCAUGAGAUGUGAAUGGUGCGGCAUCCUGGCUCAUGCUGCUUGCUAUGUAGUUGUCAGUCCAGAAUGUACCUUUGGAAGAUUAAGGAGUAUGAUCCUCCCUCCAAGCUGUGUGCAGUUAUUUUCUCGCAACUUCAGCAAACUGCACUGUUUUCGAAUAUCAGAAAACCUGCAAACAGAAUCAGAUGAAGGUGAUGAUGUUGACGGGUCAACACAGGGACCAGCAAAAGAUGUCCAAAUUUCAACAGAUUCAAGCAAACAAACAUUAAAGAUCUUUGAUGGAAGCGACGCAGUGAAACGCAAUCAAUUUCGACUGAUUUCAGUUCCAAGGAUUGCAAAAAAUGAAGAAGUUGUGGAAGCUGCUUUGAGAGCAUACUAUAUAAAUGAUGACCAGCAGGAGUACGAGCUGCAGACCUUCACGCAGCAGGCGCUGCUGUCUGAUGACAUUAUCAACAGGAACGAUGCUGCAGAGGACAGCAACUUGGGCUCAGUAUUCCGAGAAUCUGUUCCUGAAGCUUGGAUUAUUAGAGCCAAACCAAAGGAUGAGGAGGUGAUCAGAAUUUAUCCUGCCUGGCUGCAUGCAUCUCACCAAGAAGAUGGAACUUUACCUGAACUGCAUCUGCAAACAAGUGAGGACAGGGAGGGAAUGGCAUACGUUUCUCUUCGAGUAAAUAAGGAUAGCACUAUACAGACUGUGAUCAAAGAAGUGCUUCCUUUACUUGGAAGACAGACGGAGUGCCUCCAGAAUUUCAAAGUGGUGGAAGUGCUUAUGGGCAGUAAGCAAGUUCAGCGCAUGGUGUUGGACAAUCAGGAGCUGAUUCUAAACAGACUUGAAGACAUAAGAAAGAUUUCAAUACGUCAGAUGAAUCAAACAAGGUUUUACAUAGUGGAAAACAGUAAAUCCACUGUACAAGUGAAUAUGUUUGUUGGUGGGCUUCCACCCCAGCUUUCUCCUGAAGAGUACAUGAAUAUUCUCAAGGACGAAUUAGCUAUCAAAACAAAUGUAGUAUCUCUGAGUCAUGUUUAUCAAGCACAAGGCGCUGUCGUGCUCGAAAUCUCGUGUUUUUCUGAAGCUGAAAGAAUAUAUAUGCUAGCUAAGGAUACAACCAUCAAUGACAAGCCUCUGAAUGCUGUGGUGAUUCCAGAAGUUAUGGCUUCCAAGAUACCACAGAACUGCUGGCCACUUCUUGUGUUUGUGAACCCGAAAAGUGGUGGUCUGAAAGGUCGGGACCUGCUCUACUGUUUUAGAAAGCUGCUGAAUCCACAUCAGGUCUUUGAGCUCACCAAUGGUGGUCCUUUGCCUGGGUUUCAUAUGUUCUCCAAAGUCCCCUCUUUCCGAGUGCUGGUGUGCGGAGGUGAUGGCACUGUGGGUUGGGUGCUUGGUGCACUGGAGGAGAUCAGGCACAAGCUGGUGUGCUCAGAGCCUUCUGUUGCCAUCCUGCCUCUGGGAACAGGUAAUGACUUAGGACGAGUCCUGCGCUGGGGAGCUGGCUACAGUGGAGAGGACCCCUACUCCAUUCUGAUCUCUGUGGAUGAAGCAGACGACGUUCUGAUGGAUCGCUGGACUAUUCUCUUGGAUGCUGAAGAGCCUGCUGAAGGUGCAGAGAAUGGCAUGGCAGAACCUGAGCCCCCAAAGAUUGUACAGAUGAACAAUUACUGCGGUCUUGGCAUCGAUGCAGAGCUGAGCUUGGACUUUCAUCAUGCUAGAGAAGAAGAACCAGGGAAAUUUAAUAGCAGGUUUCACAACAAAGGAGUUUAUGUGAAAGUUGGGCUGCAGAAGAUAAGCCAUACCAGAAACCUUCAUAAGGACAUAAAGCUUCAAGUUGACCAGCGAGAGGUGGAGCUACCAAACAUAGAAGGACUCAUUUUUAUUAACAUACCCAGCUGGGGGUCCGGAGCUGAUCUCUGGGGCACUGACAGUGAUGACCGCUUUGAGAAGCCACGCAUUGACGAUGGCCUGCUGGAAGUUGUUGGUGUGACUGGCGUUGUUCACAUGGGUCAAGUCCAAAGUGGUUUUCGUUCAGGCAUCCGCAUAGCCCAGGGCUCAUAUUUUCGUGUAACGCUCCUAAAGCCAAUUCCAGUUCAAGUUGAUGGAGAGCCCUGGAUUCAAGCCCCAGGACGGAUUAUUAUUUCUGCUGCGGGACCAAAGGUUCAUAUGUUGAAAAAAUCCAAGCAGAAAAAAAAAACUGGAAGCCUGAGAGAGGUGAGAGCGGACAGCAUGUCAAGCAUGCCAAGGGGGACGCUAAACGGAGACCUGCGCUCAGAAGCGAUGCAGCACAACUACUGUAGAUGCCAAGAUAGUGCAGUAAAACUGAGUGCAGAUAACUGGUGAAGCAGCGUUGUUUAUGAGUGUGCCUUCAUUACAUUUUGAUAGUACUGGGUUCUACUUAGUCUUUCAGAGAUAGUGCCUCGCCGUUACAAGUAACUGUUAAAUACCACUUGCCUCGUUUGAGAUGUUUUCUUUGGGUUGCUCUUCCAUAAACCGUUGCCCAGUUUUUUUUAUGUGUAUGGACACUGAGGCCAAACAAAGAUUAUAAGAUGCCAAGAUUUCUGCUUCUGCUUUCACAGAGACUCUUCCCAUCCUCUCUGCUUUUUCUUUUAGAAAACUAUUCCAUAGAAAAACUCAGUGCAUCUUUCCAUAAAUGAAACUGUUGUUUUAAGUUAAUGCCUCCAGUAACCUUAAAACCAAGAAAAGGUGAAGACAUGAGCUGCUGAGAGCUCCUUGGAUCAGUCCAAAUAACACAGCUGAGACAGCACUACCUUAGAAGAGAGGAAAUGCAGGACACAGGAGAGAUGAUUUCUCUAAAGCCUGUUGUACUAGGAAGAAAGGAAGUACUAAACAGUUGAGUCCUGCUAUGUCAGACAGCUUAUUUCAACAGCAGUUGUACAGAAUGGAUGAAGGGCAAACAGCUUUUAGAGAACACUGUCAGUUUAAGUUGAAAACAAAGCCUGUUUGAAAGAUAUUUGAAUUUCAGCAGCUACGACUCCAGAGUAGAAAAGGAACUUGAUACUUGGGGCAGUAUUGCAUUAUACUAUUUUCUAUCACUAAGAGCAUUAUCUUUAACAGCAGGCAUUCCUUGUUGUCUUUUCUUGUAUUAUCUCACGCUCACUUAUUUGUUGGGCUGUUAUUUAAAAGCAAGCUCCAAAACUUGUACUUAAUUAACGUAAAGCAAGUAGCAUACAGUGUUCUCUGAAGUGAAUUAGCACAGCAGUAGAGCGGAGCUGAAGUGAGACACACAGUAGUUUCACUCAGGAGAUUUAGGAGGUACUGAAGUCCGUAGAGCGCAUGUAACAUUCUGUAGGGUUCAGGAUAGUAGGAAUAUACCUGUCAUGAAAACUCACCCAGAGUUUUCUGAGUACUUUGUGGUGUUGGUAGUUGUGGACCCAGCGACUCAGUGACUUUACUUUCCCCCUGGGAUGAGUGUGUGCUCUUCUGUCUCAUCUCUAUGAGACUGGCAUCAGCUCUCUUUGCCUACCUGCCUGCUGCCACUGCAGGGAUCCAGCAGCUCUUUCAUAGCUUCCUGCUAGAAGCUGGAACCAGAGCAGGUGCAUUAGUCCUGUACUGCACUACAUAUACCUGCUGACCAUGUCCACAGUCACACUGGUCUUGUCCCACUUCGGUUCUACAGUGACCAAACCUUUCCCUUCAUCCACUGUUCACUGUGCAGGAGGAGACAGUCUGGAUUCUGUGAUUCUGGAUCUUCAUCUCCUUAUCACUAGACAUGGGAUUGUCUCUGCUUCAGAACCUGAAUAGGAAGGAUCCACUGGAGCUCUUGUGGCAUCCUGGUACCAGCAUUCCAAGCAGCAGGAGCAUGUUGUACUUAAGGCUUUGCUUUCAAGCUCAUAAGUUAGAGAAGAAAUCUUAAACACAUUGCUGCUAGUAAUUGUCAAGAAAGCCAAAGAAACUGCUUUUUGUCCUUGGGGUAGCUGAAAGAAAGACUGAAUGGUCUUUCCAAUUGCUGACACAAACAUGGAGAGCAAAGCUUUGCUUUUUGUUACAGAAGACACAUGCGAGCUUUUAAGCUUGUUGGUACUGACCGUCUUCUUCAGCCCAAGUAAAUAAACCUGUCUGGCUGUUUUUCUAGACACAAUCAUCCUGCAGCAUGUAACUGACAGUGUUUUGUGUUCUUGGCUUGCUAGGAGCCUGGCUGUCUCUCCCUGUUGCUUAGUAUCUGUUAUCUGAAAUAACAUGAAACUCCUGGGCCAGAGUAUUUUAAUCGAAGAGCCCCAUGCUGUGACAUAUCCUUCCUUGGGGAUUUUCCAUCUCUGUAACAGGGCUGAAUGGGGGCAGCAUUGUGUUAGCAAGGUGACACAAACACAGCCUUGUCCAGCUGCCCAGGUGGAUCCUGCUGAUGCAUACAAAGGCUUUUGGUUUUCUUCUUUCCUUCUCUUUCCUCUUUUUUCCAUCAGCUGAUUCCCACAUGUUGUUUGAAUAGAUUAAGUAGAUGAGUGCCAAGCUGGAAUGAAGACGUACCCUAAGAAAAACACACUUGGCAUUUAUGGUCUCUCUGCAUCCUAAAAUGAUUCUUAGUAUGUUUUGAAGGCAAAUAGAUUCCUGGGCAGUUGAGAUAGGAAAACUCUUGUAAAAAUUUUAAGAGAAGAAACUGUUGGGCAUCUCUGUUAAGUUUCAGGUACUGUAAGGCCAGCAUAUCAAAGGGAUCGUACAUUUGUUUGGGUUUUGGUUAUUUUUUUUACAUUUUUAUCACACUGGGUAUCUCAAAAGGCCUAUUAUUUUCUUCCAUAGUCUGUAAAACUUCCUUGAAGAGAGGUGCUAACUCUUUACACUUAAUAUGAAACAUCUUGACUUAGCCUUUACACCAAGCAUAAUGAAGAAGUACAGUUAAUAUCACAGUGGGCAGAUAUAUGGUUCUGAGAACUCAGUGGAAAGAGGAGUGCUGUUUGAGUGCUUGCUGAGUAAGGAAAGCAAAGGGAAGGAGGCUCAUGUUGCCCAGACAGAUACUGAACAGUCAGAAAUCAUAACUAUAGACAGCGAGGAGGCUCAGGCUUUGCUGUCCAGGCACAAUCCUUCAUCCUCUCUCUGUUCUGUCCUCUCACCCACAACCAUGCCCAGCACACACAGUACUUCUAGCGUCUCCUGAGGUGCCAUCUCCUGACUCCUCACUUGGUGUCUUACCAAGAUUUCCUAGCAUGAUGAGAGAGAGGUCCUUGAAGCCAUGGUCUGGUGGUUGCUGACCCUGCACAUAGCAGGAAGGUUGAAACUAGAUGAUCAUUGUGGUCCUUUUCAGCCCAGGCCAUUCUAUGAUUCUAUGGUGCAUUUCAAGUGUUCUGGUGUAGCAGACAAGAAAGAUAGUGGUCAGUUGGUUAACAUCUGCUGAUAAGUAUACUGCCUCUGUCCUGACUUAGGAGAACAAAAUUUGAAGGGUUAUCCCUGAGAUGUAGAUACUGCAUCAGAAAAUUUGAUGGUUUUUUUUCCCCCAUGAAUUUUAGACUUGAUUUUUGUACUUUAAAUUGCUGAUGCUUUUGUUGUAUUAAUUUUUAUAUGAAAAUUGGGUAUUUUAUCAAAAACACUUUGUAUGUGUGUGUUUACAUACAUGCUUAUACAUACACACACAUUCUUAAUACAGUCUUUUCUUAUGUCCCAUGGUAGCAUGGUUUUGCAGCUUUUGCUGUGUUGCGGCACUGUGACAGCACUCACUUGUGCUCCUUUCUCUCACCCUUGCGGUCAGCAGGCAGGGCAGCUUUCCUGCUGGGCCACCAGCAUGUACUCCUAAUGGAUGUGUAGUUCCAAAUAUGAUAUGACAGCAAUAGAACCAAAGCACAACUGUAUUCAGAGUACAGUAUCUGCAUGUGUUCCAUCUGAGCUCCUCAUGUUUGUUUGGUUGUUGUUUUUUUUUUGCAUUUAAAUCAUUUUAGUGUGUUUAACGUCAAUGGCAGUGGCUAAUGAAGUGUUUUAAAAUAAGUAAAAAGCAAGUAAGUUUUAAAUGUAGUGUUUUAAAAGCCAAAGCUGAAAUAUAGCCAGUAUAAAUAAGGAACAAAACUAAAUGAAGUGGGUACAGUGUGUGAGCAGGUAUACCAUGUGUUGCACAGCCACCAGCCCACACCCUAGCACUGAAACCAAGAGAGCAGCCAAGAGUCCUUCAGUCUGCACCCCAUACCUCUCUUGUACCACAGUGACAGUAAGUGUGCAUCUUCCCCCCUGGCUAAACUGCUGUCCUGCCCUUUGGACUUGACCUUUAUGCUGAAACUGGUGACAGAGGCAUGAGCGCCAGGUGCUGUGUGUGUGCAGAGGGCAUGGGAAUGGGGUUAUGCUGUUCUUCCAUUUCUGUGUUAGCUUCUGCUCCAGCCAUUUCACUGCUGUGCAGCAAAGGUUCAGCAGCUGCAGGGAUUCACAGGGCAGCACCGCCUCAUUUUCAGCCCAUGACCUUGUGUUCUUCAGUGCAUGUAUCACUUCAUGUACUUUUUGCACUUAGCGGAAGAGGUCAGGUAGUCUUAGGGUUUGAUAGGCAAGUUAGGUAGGCCUAGGGUGUAGCAACAUGGCAGUGUUUGUACUUUUUUGUAAAUAUGGGGAUGAUUCUGCAGAUCUAAAGAUGCACUUUCAGGUAAUGGUGAACGCAAGUUGGUAGAAUGCAACUGUUUAAAACUUCAGGAGCUUCUCUGACCACAGUGCUCCCUGGUCUCCAUCUCUGAUUCUGUUCUCGAGAGCUCCGCUUGGGAACAAGAGAUGGCAUCUUCCCCACAUCGCAGUAUGUAUUUAUAUCUGACUGAAAGUUCACUUGUAUUUUUAAACAAUUACAAAUUGGCUGCUAGUCUAAGGUUUAGGCUCGUUAGUCUGAUUUUAUAGUGAUUUUUCAAGUGAUGUUAAGGUUUAUUUAUAAUGUCGGCGUUUUCUGACUUGAUACUUCCUUGGCUUGUAGGAGAGGUCCAGCUCAGAGCCUCUGUUCCUUUGCUGCUAGCUGUUUUGUUGAACAGUGUAGCCAUUUUAUCUACGGGAUGCAGUGAAAUAAAUGCGAUUUACUGAUUUUAACCUGCAGCCAGUCCAGCAGCUUCGAUGUUUACAGGACAGUGACUACUGAUUGUAAACCCACACACAUCAGUUGAUGCCAUGCACCCUUUUUGCAUCCUGGAAGCGCUGUUUCAGCUUCCUGUGACAGCUAAUGAAAUAGUUGCCUUUUGGUUUAGACUCCUUGCUAUGUCCCUUUAAAGAGAUUUACAUGUGGUUAUAACUUUCCUGAUGUAGAUUCGUAAGACAGACUUUGUACCGUUACAAGUGUUGUAUUGAACUUGUUUUCCAAAAUAUUGGCUUUAUUUUUUGUGAAGAUAAUUUAUCACAGUGUUUAUAAGCAGACUCGUGUUAUUAGAGAGGUUGGUCCAAAGCCCUGAAGUAAAUGUAUUAAAGAUGUAUCACAGAGCAAAGCCUUUUUAGUAGGACAGUGGUGUUACUGUAGCUACCCCUCUCAGCUCUCCUGGCAAUGCUCCCAUUUAACAUGUCACCCUGGCUCAAGUGUGUUGCUUAGGAGAAAACUUGAUUUCAGAAGAUGUGGCUUCAUUUACAUUGUGCACAUCCCAGUUUCCCUUCUGGCAGCAAUUUCAAAUGUAAACACCAGCUGUAGCAGUACAGAUCGCUCAGUUAAAAGCCUGCCCUGGUGCCUGACGGCAGGGUGCAGCAGGUCUGCUGAUGGUCUGGCCCUUACAGCUGCCUCUCCCUGUCCAAAGGAUGUGUCACACACUGGUCCUUUCGCUUUCCAAAGGAAAUAAGGCUCUAAUCAGAUCCUUCCCUGCGUUGACAGUUGCAGCUUGCCUAGCCAUGGCAUCUCUUCCUUUGUGCUGCUGAUCUUGCCAAAGUGGGUAGCAAGAGGUGCUUGAAUUACUGAGUAUUUAUUGUGUUCCUUUUAGGUGCUUAUGAUGCCUUCACUGCUACUUUAAAUGAAAACUGUGGGGAUCUGUAUCAUAGCAAUAGCUGUAUAACUCUAGCUUUCUGAACAUGCCAAAAAGAAGUAAUCCUUGAGGUAGCUGAUUUAGCGAUGUUGUAGAUAGUAGCAACUAAUACCUUGGAGAAGCUGCAAGUUCUAAUAGGAGCAUCUCUGCUUUGAAUGUAAAGCAUCACAGAGUUUGUCAUUUGCUAGAGAUUUCAGUGUCUCUCCUAUUUUCAAACCACCCAUGACAUGUUAAUUCUUCUCAGACUCUGGCUUGGCUAUUGCUUAAAUAACUGUAUUUCACCUCUUGUCACUUAAAUUGGCCAACUCCAAGUGGAUUUCGAGUGAAUGCCAUUUUAAUAUCAAGAUACUUCUAAGUGUCUAAUAACAUCUCUUGUGAAUGUUCUAAUACAUUGGCAGCAAAUCAGGUUGGCCCAACAAGAUGGGGUAGGCUGACCACCAAACAGAUCAGCUGUUGUCUAGUGCUUACUCUUUGUGCACUUACCUAAUAGUUCUGGGAAAAAAAAGUAAAAAUAAAGAAAUAAAGCCUAAGUGUUAGCAUUCAAGUGCUCAAAAACUGUUUCCACAUUGUGUGCCUCAAACUAGUAAUGCAUUACCACACCUUUACUUGUGCACUGGUUUGUAUCAGUGUAACUUGUUUCUCAGUGUCUGCCUUGCAAAUCACUAUGCUGUGCUUACUUGUCUACAGAUAUCUAAUGUACUAAUUGAUUUAAAAGAAAGUUAUUUAUAGAAGAUGGGCUUUCCUCAUAUAUUUAAAUGUCUCUUUGUCCUCGGGUUAUAUUCGUAGAAUAAUUCUGUAUAUAUUUUGCAAUAUGUUUGUGUUUAAUCUGAUUGUACAUUUUGCACUGAUUUGAAAUUGUGUAUUCUAAGUGUUAUUUACAAGUUCCAGAGAUCUAUAACUAGAAUUUGUCUGUGAAAAAUACAACAUAUGUUCCGCCCUG